AUGCCUUAUAUACCACAUUCUACUACUUUCACAACACGCGCCUUUCGCUACAUCUUCAGCGCAACGAUAUUUACUACGUGCACAGAAUUAGACAUGGCUUUCGUACAUCCCGACCGUGCGAAGAAUGUAGGAGACGCAAGGGCGCAGGCUGGACGCGCUACCUCAGUCAGAGGACGUGCUGGAGACUUGGCACCUGCACAAGGAAGAAACAGGAGGAGGAAGUGGGAAGACACUCGAGAUGAGCAGUAUUCAAUGGCUCAGGGCGAGGUCCAGGCACCGGACGAGUAUGACAAGACUUCAGGAAAUCGACCCGGUAACCGAAGGCCCGAGCAUGCACAAGGGCCAGGAAAGAAGGCGAAAUUCGAGCAUACCCGCCCGCCGCGUCCGAACUCCUUCGAUGCUGAUCGCAGCAAACGACCGAACGUUGAAGCAUCAGUACCACCCAAAAAGAGUGACCCUCGAAGGAAAGAUCCCGGGCGGCGCAGUCACCAACUAGAUAAGGCACUUCAACUCGCCCCGAAAUAUCCUGACCUCCAAGAUAUCGACGCAUGGCGAAAACUAGCUCAGAAGAACGAGCGGAGUUGGCAAGCAGAGGAUGCUUUUGUAUAUCGGCAUCUGCGUUUCGACCAGUGUCCUAAAGGGCUGGCGUUCAAAGAGUGGAAGAUCAGAGUGCAUCGAGAGAUGGAGGGGUUGGGCUUGGAACAUCCAUUUAUAGGGCCGCAUACCAAGCAGACACCUGAGGAUGAGGUCAAGACAGAGACUGUAGCUGAGGUGACGGAAGCGACGGUUGUGACAGCGCAGAAAGAAGAGGAAAGCAAAAGACGUAUGGAAAUGGAGAGGAUGAUUGCGGAUGAUGGGUUUGACAUUGAUAUCUACGGCGACGAAGAGACGCGGAGGAAGUAUGAGCCGUGGAUCAGGAGUCGUAUGGAUCGAGCAUAG